UGGCCUCGUGCGUGCGCACGCGCGCUGUCCCCCAGAGGCGUCUGGGUGUGCGGAGCGCGCGCGCGCGGCUUGGAGGCGCACCUGUGAGGUGUCCCUUGAGGAGAGGGAGGGUGGGUGCGCGGAGUCCGCGGCCUGGGGCGCUUCAACCCCUCACUUGGAAGCGCCUCGCGUCCCAGUAGAGCCAGCCGAGCAUCCUACUCAGGUGAUGAGGAACCCUCCCGGCACCCAGCGCAGAUCGCUGCUGCCGCUGGACGCCUCCAUUGUUUGACCAUAACAAGGGCCGGAUUCUCAACCCAGCAGGAUCCCGAGGCUUUUGUUGCCCUUCAGCCACUGUGGGCCCUGCCUCUGCCUCUUCUUCUGGAAUGUCUUGGGGGUUUUGACUUCUGUCACUGUGCUCCAGAAGCAACAUUUUCCCUUCUGAAGUUCCAAGUGGAGUGCGUUUUCCUUCGUGUGCCUUUUAUGCAGGACAGCUGCUUCUCAUACUCACAUACCUGCAAAUCCAAGAGACACGUCUCUCUGGAAGAUAAGAGCUCCUUCCUCAAGAUCAAAAAAGGAGACUGCCGGAGUGACACCUGCGUAGGGAAUCCUCACCAGGAAGGACUGACACACCUGGACCCAAGGCGCUGGCUUCCCGGGAGGCUCCUGUCUGAUGUGCAGGAGGCAGGAUGUCAUUGUGACUCUGCAAGGGGAGGCUCCUGGUGACCGAGACCAGCACACAGUAUCGCACCCUUGGCUACAGGGGACACUGUGCAGACCUUUUCCUGCAACUGAGAAGUACGAGAUUAUUCUGCAAGAGGAAGAUUCCAGGGGCUUAAAAACGCAAAGGUUUCUACCUUGGGAGCCCCUUGGAAUGUUGGCAGCUCAGGAUCUCAAAGAAAGUUCUGUGUUAACGAGUUACAGAGUCCACGUGGAAGUAAAUGUCACUUUCUAAUCAAUAAUAAUACCGAGUGAGGAGCACUAUGCAGGGAGGAACCUUCCAUAGAAAGACAGGCAGGGGAGAGCUUAGGCCGGCCUCGAACCUCCCGAGCAGAGCCAGCCUGAGAUAAGCACCAAAAUGGCCAAGUGAGAGACUCUGUGAAAUAGCAGCCCUGUAACUGUAGUAGUUGUGAGGAAAUCUUCUCCGCUAAAUCACGAUACCAAAUAGGAAACAUGAUCUACAAGUGCCCCAUGUGUAGGGAAUUCUUCUCUGAGAGAGCAGAUCUUUUUAUGCAUCAGAAAAUUCACACUGCUGAGAAGCCCCAUAAGUGUGACAAGUGCGACAAGGGUUUCUUUCAUCUGUCAGAGCUCCAUAUCCAUUGGAGAGACCACACGGGAGAGAAGGCGUAUAAAUGUGAUGAUUGCGGGAAGGACUUUAGCACCACGACAAAGCUCAAUAGACACAAGAAGAUCCACACGGUGGAGAAGCCCUAUAAGUGCUACGAGUGCGGCAAAGCCUUCAACUGGAGCUCACACCUUCAGAUUCACAUGAGAGUUCACACAGGUGAGAAACCCUAUGUCUGUAGUGAGUGCGGAAGGGGCUUUAGCAAUAGUUCAAACCUCUGCAUGCAUCAGAGAGUCCACACCGGAGAGAAGCCCUUUAAAUGUGAAGAGUGCGGGAAGGCCUUCAGGCACACUUCUAGCCUCUGCAUGCAUCAGAGAGUCCACACAGGAGAGAAGCCCUAUAAAUGCUAUGAGUGUGGGAAGGCCUUCAGCCAGAGCUCGAGCCUCUGCAUCCAUCAGAGAGUGCACACCGGGGAGAAGCCCUAUAGAUGCUGUGGGUGUGGGAAGGCCUUCAGCCAGAGCUCGAGCCUCUGCAUCCAUCAGAGAGUGCACACAGGGGAGAAACCUUUCAAAUGUGAUGAGUGUGGGAAGGCCUUCAGUCAGAGCACCAGCCUCUGCAUCCACCAGAGAGUGCACACAAAGGAGAGAAACCAUCUCAAAAUAUCAGUUAUAUAAAGCGUUUUGCUAAGAGAUAAAAAUCCUAAAACCCAUAAGUGCCACUAGGAAGGAAAACCCUGUAAAUACCUACAUUGACCCAAGAAAUUUUUACAGCAAGCCCCAGCAGAACAUUGUUUUCCAAGAGGCACGUGUGAGGUUGAUUUUUUGGAUUCAUGCCAAGUGUGUUCCACAGCUUGACUUUGAAUCUGGAAUCCCUCCGCGUGUUUGCCCAGGACAGACUGUGAGGUCCCAGUCGUGGGUAUGUGUUUCCUGGGAUUCUGGCGCGAUGCCUCCAUAGUUGAAACACUACACAGGAAACCAUGAUCCUUGCCCAGCCUCCUGAGUCACCUUCUGUCUACACUUUACCUAAAAGUCACCCCAGAUACUCCCCCGUUUCGGGAGCUCAUGACCGACCUUCUCUUGAUCCAAGCAUACUGGUGAAUGCAUUUGAAAACGGCCGGCUCCCGCGAAGUAGUGUUCUGGUAUUUCUGAGGUCACCACUCGAUUCAGCCUCUACGUAUCUGUCCAUAUAUCCCGUUACUUCUGAACUCACUGUACCUGUAUAUCCUCAAAAUACCCACAAAUAUCCACCCCUUCCUAGAUGGCAUUAAAUUUCAUUUUAGAUUUUAGGUGACUCAUAAUUUCCAUUUACUUUGUCUGUUGGCGAAAUCAUUGGCAGACAUACAUGCCCUUGAACUUUAAUUUUGUGAAUUCUGCUAAUCACUGUGUCUCUAUGUUAGUCAGACUUAAUUUUCUAGUGGCUACAUCACAUAUUUUUAACUUGAAUUUUUUUGGAAAUAGCUGAAUGUAAAUAGGGAGGAAGAAGCAAGCAAAGUUAGAACUCUUCUCCAUCCAGAAUUGCCCUCUCAGGCUCCUUUGGUAACAAGGGGAGCCCCUUACUAGCUUGGGGAGACCAUAGGAGAAGCGGAUGGUAGGAGGCCUCACUAAUAAUAGUCUCUGAUUCUGUGAUUUUGGGGCAAUAAUGUGUAGGAGUCCUCGAUACCUUUUCAUUGAGGAUUACAUAUCAGUUCCUUUGUAGGCAUGAACUUUCUUCAUUCAUUCAACAAGUAUUUAUUGAACACCUCCUACGUGCCAGGCACUGUGCCAGGUACCGGGAAUACCACUGAGUAAGACAGACAAGGGCCCUACUCUCGUGGCGUUGACUUCUGGUGGAGGAGACAGAUGAUAAGCAAGUAAACAAAUAAAUAAUGUAGUUUGAGGUAGUGAUUAAGUGAUACGGAGAAAAUAACCUAGGGUGAAGAUUUAGAGCAGUGGGGGUGGGGCGGGGGGCAGCGGUAGGUAGCGGGCAGGGAGGCCUUUCCGGGGGCAGCACAGGGGCGGCUGCAGGGGGCUCGCGGUCCUGCCGGGGAGCUUCCGGAGCAGGAGGUGGCGGCCGGCGGUGAGGGCAGCGUGCAGCGGGGAGGGGGAGAGAUACUGAGCUGCUCAGUAUCCUGACAUUUAUAGGCCUUUUUUUUUUUCUUUUUUUUUUUUUUU